AUGUCUAGUGAUCAAGACGAUACAAUACCAUUGUUGACUAAUCGUAUUCCAGAGAAUCCUAUAAAUCUCCCGGAACAGGAGCGACAACGAAAUGAUUCUGCCCUGUCCGUGGUGAGCAAGAAUCUGCAAGCAAAUAGAUCCAUCUCCAAGAUAAAUCAAUCGCCAAAAAUUGGACUUCAGAGAACAAGUAGAACGACACAGAAAUUGAAAUUAUUACCUGAGGAUCCACCUAAUCUAGUUGAUGAAAAUGAUGAGGAAGUUUACUCGCAGGUUACGAGGAUAAAGGAUACACCAGCCCGUAAGGAUGCUGAAACAUUGGGGAAACUGCAGCGAGACCUAUUGCCGCGUGUUACAGCCUAUUGUACUUGCGGUUCAUAUAAAAUGAAAGACUUAUUGAGGUGGUUGAAGGACCGAAAACGUAUACACAACACGAACCCUAAAUUGUUUGACGAAUGUUUGUAUACACCAUUUACAUAUAAGGAUUGGCGAAGUGAGCAUGUCAGUCAAGACGACCAACAUCAUUUCAUACGGUUGGCAGACGAAGGGGGUGAAAUUGACAUAGGUAAGAGAAACGAUAUAUUUAUCUUUGAAUACGGAGUCAUCAUCAUGUGGGGAUACACCCCGAAAGAAGAAGCAGCAUUCUUGGAGGAUUUGGCCAAGUUCGAAAGCGAGAAAUUAUCAGCUGAGGAUAUUCAGGUCGAAGAAUUCAACUACUACAUCACAAAGUCAUACCAGCCCCGUAUCUACAACGACUUUAUAACCAUCAGGGACGACUCAAACUACAUGUUAAAGCUCUCAAUCUCGCAUGCGUUGGCACAAUCAGUCAAAAUAUCCUUGUUCGAAGAAUUAGUCGACAACACAAUCGAAGACACGGAAGAUAUUCCCCAGCAGAUCGCCCAAACCGGUAAGGUCGAAAUGACAAAGGACGAAAUAAUGAAAUCUAUCGGUGAGCUCUUCAUUCUUCGUAUUAACAUCAACUUGCAUGGAUCCGUCUUGGAUUCCCCGGAGUUAAUGUGGGCCGAGCCUCACUUAGAACCAAUUUACCAGGCCACUAGAGGCUAUCUUGAAAUUAACCAGAGAGUCGAACUUUUGAACCAACGGCUCGAAGUCAUUUCCGACUUAUUGCAAAUGUUGAAAGAACAGUUGGGCCAUUCGCAUGAAGAAAAUUUAGAAUUUAUUGUCGUAGUCUUAGUUGCUGUUGAAGUUUUAGUCAGUAUUAUCAACAUCAUGAUAGAUAUAUUAACUUACUAA